AUGGGUUCAUUUCUUGGUGGCCUAUUUAAUGAAAUAUCUUUCAGGCAUUAUCCCAAAAUGAAACUUGAAGGAGAUAUUACUGUACCAAAGUUCUACAGACAUGUUCUGUCUUUGAUAUUUGCUGUGAAGGAGAUAAAUGAGAACCCCAACAUCCUACCAAAUGUCAGUCUCGGCUUCCACGUGUAUGACAGUUACACGAAUAUAAGGAUGACUUCUCUGAAUACCCUGAAACUUCUAUCCUGUCAAAAUAGGAUUGUCUCCAAUUUCAAAUGUGACAAGUCAAAGAAUCUGAUUGCUGUCAUUGGUGGUCUUACCUAUGAAAUAUCCCUUCAAAUGGCUAGUAUCUUAGGAAUCUACAAGAUACCUCAGAUUGCUUACUGUGUAUUCACUCUGGUAACGAAUGUUAAAACCCAGUUCUCUUCCUUCUACCGGAUGGUCCCCAACGAAGAAGUGCAGUACACAGGGAUGGUCCAGCUCCUUUUGCAGUUCCAGUGGACGUGGGUUGGGAUCAUGGCGGGAGACUAUGAUCUCGGAGAUAGGUUUCUGCAGACCUUGGUACCUAUGCUUUCCAAGAAAAACAUCUGUAUAGCCCAUGUUAUCAAAAUACCAGAUGUAACUUCUGUUGUAAGCAUGAUGGAAAUAUCGACAAUCUGGAAACCUUUGUACAGUUCUAUAAUAAACUCCACAGUCAAAGCAUUUAUUGUAAAUGCAGACCGUAAAACAAUUUCAUUUUUUAAAUUGUUGCUAUACAUGAAUUCGUUGUUAUCAGGGAUUCCGGAAACAUCUGUAGCUAAGGUGUGGAUUAUGACAGCCCACUGGGAAUUCUCUUCACUGUCACUUUAUAGAGGUUUUGAUAUCAACGUCUUCCAUGGGGCCUUAUCUUUUGCCAUACACUCAAAUGAAAUCCUGGAAUUCCCUAAAUUCCUUCAGUUCCUGCAACCUAAUUCACCAAAUGGAGACGGCUUUCUCAAAAUCUUCUGGGAACAGGCAUUCAACUGUGUGUUUGAUAAUUCCAUUGAGACUCUAGAGAACAGUGAUAUCUGUACAGGGGAAGAGAAACUGGAGAGCCUCUCUGGAGCUUUCUUUGAAACAAGUAUGACAGGCCUCAGCUACAGUAUCUACAAUGCAGUUUAUGCCAUAGCACAUGCCUUACAUAAGAUUUAUGUGUACCGGGAAAAAUUGGGAGGAAAGGCAAACAGAGGAAGAAUCCAUCCUUUCCUGAGAAGUAUCUCAUUUAACAACAGUGCUGCGGAUCUGGUGUCUUUUGAUCAAAAUGGUGAACUAGUAGCUGGAUUGGAUAUUGUCAACUGGGUUACUUUCCCCAAUCAGUCCUUUUUCAGAGUGAAAGUAGGCAGGAUGGAUCCACAGGCUUUACCAGGCAACGAGUUGAGUGUUAACGUGGAGGCCAUCACCUGGCACUACACCUUUAAUCAGGUGAUGCCCCUUGCUGUGUGUAAUGACAACUGCCACCCAGGCUACUACAAACAGAAGAAAGAGGGGGAGCAAUUCUGUUGCUACAAUUGUGUUCCAUGUCCAGAAGGGAAGAUUUCUGACCAGAAGGAUAUGGAUGACUGUUUCAAAUGCCCAGAAGAUCAGUAUCCCAAUAUGAAGAGAGAUCAAUGCCUUCCAAAAGCUCUAAACUUCCUCUCUUUCUCAGAACCUUUAGGGAUCACUUUGGUGUUCUUGGCACUGUCUUGUUCUCUGAUGACGUCUUUGGUGCUGGGAAUUUUCAUAAAGAACCAGGACACUCCCAUUGUCAAAGCCAACAAUCGGGAGCUUAGUUAUUCUCUACUAAUUUCCCUUCUGCUCUGCUUUCUUUGCUCCCUGCUCUUCAUUGGCAGGCCUCAGCCAGUGACCUGCUGCUUACGACAAAUUGCUUUUGGCAUCACCUUCUCAGUGGCCAUUUCUUGCGUGUUGGCAAAAACAGUCACUGUGGUCCUGGCUUUCCUGGCCACCAAUCCGGGGAGCAGGUUGAGGAAAUGGACAGGGAAAAGACUCACAAACUCUAUUCUUUGUUGCUCCCUCAUUCAGGCCAUAAUUUGUGUCCUGUGGGUGUGUACUACUCCUCCAUUCCCAGAUCUUGACAUGCGUUCUCUCUCUGCAGAAAUCAUAAUAGAAUGCAACGAAGGGUCGGUACUUAUGUUUUAUAGUGUUCUGGGAUACCUGGGAUUUCUGGCUAUGGUCAGCUUCACUGUGGCUUUCCUAGCGAGGAAGUUGCCAGAUUCUUUCAACGAAGCCAAGUUCAUCACUUUCAGCAUGCUGGUCUUUUGCAGUGUUUGGUUUUCCUUUGUUCCGUCUUAUCUGAGUACAAAGGGGAAAUAUAUGGUGGCCGUGGAGAUCUUUGCCAUUUUGGCCUCUGGUGUUGGGUUAAUAGCUUUUAUUUUUUCCCCCAAAUGCUAUAUAAUCAUUGCGAAGCCUGCCUUGAACAGCAAGGGCCAACUUAUGAAGAGAAAUAAGUAG